CCUGGGUUUAAAUGAAUUUUUACAGCUUAGCUAGCUUUUAUUUCAUGUGUCGCUUCUCGUCAUUGGAGACUGUCACUUACUUUAGUCUGUUGAUACCUCUACUACCGGUAGCUAGUAUCGCUCCUUGUCUUUUGGUUUCUUCAGUAAUAACCCUGUGAUCGAGAUCGCAUCGAUCUAGUUGAGAAGAAGCAAUACGGUAUUAUCUUCCAAGAAACAUUGCAAUCAGCAACCAUGCCGAAGAAGGCGAAGAGGAAGUUAAGGCCCUCCGCUGACAACGGGCCCUUUGUCCCAGUGCGCCAUUACUACCAUUCGAAUAACUUUCUGAAGAUUAAAGAUAACGAAUGGGAGGACGGCGCAGAUAGUGACGAUGAAGAACAAACAUGGCAUCGCGCAGUCGAGAGAUCGGAGAUCAACGACUUUACCGACCUGUCAGAUGGAGAAAAGCAGCUCAUUCUUCUUUGGAACAACUAUAUUCAAUCAGACACAAAAAUUCCUUCAAAACGGAUUCCACAAUAUUGCGUCAACUUCGUUGAGAAGCAUCACCAAGAUAUAAAGGAGGCAAACAUUGAUGAUCAGCUGCAAUGGCACCUUGUUACCUUGUGGGAUGAGGGACUGAUUUCAAGCAAGCAUCUAUCUUCCUGUCUUGAAUAUUACUACAGCUUGGUAGGAUCUAGCCAAGGUCCACUACCCAAGGCAGAUCUAUAGACAGGAGGAUUGAGCGGACUUUGGGUUUUUUUCCUUCCUGAGAUUGAAUCUGUUGUAAGCGCUACCAUUAUGGUUGGAGCAAUGAUAAUCAAGGUGGAUAUUGCAAGGAUGGUGAGUGGAUGCAGAGAUUCAACAACUAGCUAGUGUACUAAGUUCGCACACACAUAUGAUUGAACAACUAGCUAGGGUAACUGAUGGCAUGUCAUUGGUGGUGCUGAACUAGAACCGUCCUCGUUCACUCCUGAACCAGUGGGAGUCCCAUGUUGCUGUCUUGUGGU